UCACUGCAGGAUGUGGGUCAGAGAAGAGUUCAAACUUGUUUCAUUUGUCAGAAAGUGAAACUCAGACAGUCAUUGCCACAGAGAGCUGAAAUGGCGCAGAAAGGAGAUCAGUUGGACCGAGAAACCUUAUCUUGUUCGAUUUGUCUGGAUCUACUGAAGGAUCCGGUGACUAUUCCCUGUGGACACAGCUACUGUAUGAGUUGUAUUAAAGGAUUCUGGGAUGAAAAGGAUCAGAGGAAGAUCUACAGCUGCCCUCAGUGCAGACAGACCUUCUCACCAAGGCCAGUCCUGGUGAAAAACACCAUGUUUGCAGCUUUAAUGGAGCAAUUAAAGAAGACUGGACUCCAAGCUGCUCCUGCUGAUCACUGUUAUGCUGGACCUGAUGAUGUGGCCUGUGAUGUCUGCACUGGGAGGAAGCUGAAAGCCCUCAAGUCCUGUCUGACUUGUCCGGCUUCUUACUGUGAGAAACACCUCCAGCCUCAUUAUGAUGCAGCUCCAUUAAAGAAACACAAGGUGGUCGACCCCUUGGAGAAGCUCCAGGAAAACAUCUGCUCUCGUCACGAUGAGGUGAUGAAGAUGUUCUGCCGUACUGAUCGGCAGUGUAUCUGUUAUCUCUGCUCUGUGGAUGAACAUAAAGGUCACUACACAGUGACAGCUGCAGAAGAAAGGACCGAGAGGCAGAGAGAGCUCGAGGUGAGUCGACAGAGUAUCCAGCGGAGAAUCCAGGACAGAGAGAAAGACGUGAUGCUGCUUCAACAGGAGAUGAAGGCCGUCAAUCGCUCUGCUGAUAAAGCAGUGGAGGACAGCGAGAAGAUCUUCACUGAGCUGAUCCGUCUCAUCAAGAAAAGAAGCUCUGAUGUGAAGCAGCAGAUCAGAUCCCAGCAGGAAACUGAAGGGAGUCGAGUCAAAGGGCUUCAGGAGAAGCUGGAGCGGGAGAUCAGUGAGCUGAAGAGGAAAGACGCUGAACUGAAGCAGCUCUCACACACAGAAGAUCACACACAGUUUCUACACAACUACCCCUCACUACUGUCACAACUCAGCACAUCUACAGACUCAUCCAGCAUCAAUAUCGGUCCUCUGAGCUACUUUGAGGAUGAGGCGUUCAGGUACAGUGUUGAGCGCAGGUCACCCACAUUUUUGAAGCACUCAGAGCCGAAGACAUGA